AUGAGAAUUGCCAACUUGAUCAUGGCCGCCAGCGCUGCUGGUCUGGUCAGCGCUUAUCCCACCCGCGAGAUGGCCAAGAAGCGUGCCUCUGGAUUUUCCUGGGUCGGUGUCAACGUAUCUGGCGGUGAAUUUGGCAGCAACAUCCCCGGCAAGCUGGGUACCGAUUAUACCUGGCCCGACAUUUCCAAGAUCCAGACCCUUCGCGAAACGGGUAUGAACAUCUUCCGUGUUCCAUUCCUCAUGGAGCGUCUGGUCCCUGGCUCUAUGACGGGUAGCCCCGACGCCACGUACUUGGGUGAUCUCAAGAAGGUUGUCCAAUCCAUCACUGACAGCGGUGCUUAUGCUAUUCUCGAUCCUCACAACUAUGGAAGAUACUCUGGAAGUAUCAUUUCUCCUUCUGACUUCAAGGUCUUUUGGAAGACUAUCGCCAGCGAAUUUGCGUCCAACGACAAGGUCAUCUUUGAUACCAACAAUGAAUACCAUGACAUCGACCAGACUGUGGUUCUCAACCUAAACCAGGCCGCCAUCGACGGUAUCCGUGCUGCUGGUGCCACCGCGCAAUACAUUUUUGUUGAGGGAAAUCACUGGACCGGUGCCUGGACCUGGACUGACAACAACGACAACCUUAAGGGCCUGAAGGACCCUCAAGGCAAGAUUGUCUAUGAGAUGCACCAGUAUCUCGACGCUGAUGGUUCGGGUACUUCUGAGUCUUGCGCCAGCCCGACCAUUGGCAAGGAGCGUAUGCAGUCCGCCACUCAGUGGCUGAAGAAAAAUGGCCUCAAGGGCUUCCUUGGGGAGUUCGCUGGUGGUGUCAACUCGCAGUGUGAGACCGCCGUUGAUGGCCUUCUCUCCUACAUGUCAGACAACAGCGAUGUCUGGCUUGGUGCUGAAUGGUGGGCUGCCGGCCCUUGGUGGGGAAGUUACAUGUACAGCCUCGAGCCUGGCAGCGGCCCUGCCUAUUCGACCUACCUCCCCAUCCUGGAGAAGUACUUUGUAAAGGGUUCCGGCUCCGGUUCUGGCUCUGGUUCCUCGUCGUCCUCUUCCUCUUCUUCUUCUUCUUCCACCACCACCUCCAGCUCGACCACCAAUGUGGCCCCCUCGAAGCCCACCACAACCGCCGCUCCUACCACUUCUGCUCCCACUCAGCCACCAGCCGUCGAACCCUCUCCUUCCGCUCCAAAAGCUCCAUCAUCUGCGCCGCCUAAAGGUGCUCCCACGGCGCCCGAAGUCGCCGCUAAGCACUGGUACCAGUGCGGUGGUAUCAACUGGACCGGACCUACCAGCUGCGAGAGCGGAUACACCUGCACUGAGAUGAACCCUUACUACUACCAGUGCGUUUGA